AUGAUCACAAACGGAUCAUGGGCCCGUAUUUGCUUCCGACCUUCCGACUACAGAGGAACUGUACAGCUCAAGCCACCGCCCAAUCGCCCGGGCGCUUGCGAGAUAAUUGCAUCCGACGAACCCGCCUCUAUCGACACUUUCAAGCCCAAAAUGCCGCACUCGUUCGGUUACCGCGCGCGUACCCGCCACAUGUUCAAGCGGGGCUUCAAGGAGCAUGGCCCGAUCAAACUGUCGACCUUUGUGACUCCCUAUCGUAUUGGUGAUAUUGUCGACAUCAAGGCCAACGCGGCUCAACAAAAGGGUAUGCCGCACAAAUACUACCACGGCCGAACGGGUAUUGUGUACAAUGUUACCCCCCGUGCGGUUGGCGUGCUCGUCAAGAAGAUUGUCGGAAACAGGUACAUCGAGAAGCGUGUCAACCUCCGUGUUGAGCACAUCCGUCACUCCAACUCCCGACAGGACUUCUUGACUCGCGUCAAGGCCAACGCGGUCACUUCUAAAGAGGCCAAGGAAAAGGGCGAGAAGGUCUCGAUGAAGCGUGUGCCUGGUCUCCCCCGUGCUGGAUACACACUCUCUGCGGCGGACAACCAGCCUCAGACGCUCGUGCCUGUACCGUACGAGACUACCAUUUGA